AUGCGAAAUUUAUUACCAAUAAUUACAAGAAGAAGACUAUCACACGUGUGCACUUUGAAGCCUUACAAAGAGACGAGAUGGCUGAUGCCAAACGGAAACCCGACUGGUUUGUAUGUUUACAACUGCGUCGCCGAAGAAAAGGUUCCUAUUAUUUUAAACGAUCCUCACAUCGCAACUUGGUACUCCUGUGGUCCCACGGUCUAUGAUUCUGCUCACCUGGGUCACGCGAGUUGUUACGUGAAGCUGGAUAUAAUUCAGCGCAUCCUAAAGUCUUUUUUCAACGUAAAACUGGUGACCGCUAUGGGCGUUACUGACAUUGAUGAUAAGAUAAUCCGAAAGGGUAUUAACACCCAAACAGACUAUAAAACGAUUGCUCAACAGUUUGAGCAUGAAUUCUGGCUCGAUAUGGCCAGUCUCAACAUCGAGAAACCAUUGAUAAUAUGUAGAGUAUCAGAUCACAUCAGCUCCAUUGAAACUUUCGUAAAACACCUCAUAGAUUCAGGUACCGCCUAUGCAACAAAGGACGGCUCGGUGUAUUUUGAUACUAGCAAGUUUCCCUCUUAUGGUAAAUUGCUUAAAACUCAAGAAUCAGAUGAACCAAAGAGUCAAUACAAAAGGAAUAGCAUGGACUUUGCCGUUUGGAAAGGACAUAAGCCUGAUGAACCUUAUUGGGAGACUUCUUGGGGCAAAGGGAGACCUGGAUGGCACAUUGAAUGUUCAGCUAUGGUUAGCAAAGUCUUUGGGUCACAGUUAGACUUCCAUGCUGGAGGGAUCGACCUUCGGUUCCCUCAUCAUGAAAAUGAGGAAGCCCAGUCUUGUGCGUUUCAUAAAACACGUCAAUGGGCGAAUUACUGGAUCCAUGUUGGACACUUGCAUGUCAAAGGCGAUGUGAAGAUGUCAAAAUCCCUUAAAAACACCAUAUCUAUACCUACAUUGCUAGAAUCAUACAGCGCAGAUACAUUUAGAAUGGCCUGUCUCAUGUCAAACUACCGUUAUCCAAUGGAAUUCAACGAACAAGUAAUGAAGAUGGCAGAAGAAGUUCUCAACAAAUUCAAAUUCUUCCUCAAAGAUGCUUUAAUGUAUGUUAACAAUAAUGCUACACAAAACGGAGAUUACAAAGACAAGUUAUUAGAUAACUUGCAGAAAGUUGAGGAUUCUAAUUUAGAGGCUUUACGGUCUGAUUUCGAUACAGCUGAUUGUAUUAACACACUUGUAGGUUUAAUUAGUUCUACAAACAAGAUUAUUAAAUCAAAUACAACAGAGUAUUAUCCAGUGCCAGUGAUUCUUAUAGCUGAAUACAUAAUAAGUGUGUUAAACCGAUUUGGGCUGACAUUAAAGGAUGGUACACAACAAAAUGAUGUGUCAAAUAUUUUAAUAGAUAUGUUGGUGGAUUUUAGGCAUACAGUUAGACUGAAUGCUUUGAACAAUAAGAAUAAAGAGUUAUUAAACGCAUGUGACAUUGUUAGAGACAAAAUGAAGUCAAUGAAAGUUCAAAUCAAUGAUAGUAGUAAAACUGCUUCUUGGGUGUUUACAAAAUAGGAACAUAAUAAUAACAAUGAUAAUGAGCCUGAUUACCUUCCCUGCAAUAUGAGUACCAGAUCACUGAAAUGAGUUCUAAGGCACUAACCAGACCACAAAAACAAUAUUACAUAUUUCUAAGUUGUAGCUGCAUAAUGUGGAAUGGGCUCCAUCAUGAAGUGUUUUGUUUACUCUCUUCUCUCAAAGACUGGCAACACAUAGGCAGCCUCUGGUGUCCACCUCCUCAUCAAGUGGCUUGUCUGCACAUUUACCUCCUAUUCUGCCCUCAAAAUGAAAAAGGCGCAACUGCUGUAUAGAGUACGCAUAGUUGUACCUUUUUUCAUUACGAGGGCAGUAUUUUUCAUAAAAGCUGAAGAAAAAUUACAUAAAGUGAAGAAAACCUUUCAUACAUUUCUCACAAACGGUGCUAUGGCAAAAAUCUGUUAAAAGAUAAAUUCAUAAGAUCUGACUUGACCUGUCGCUCAGUUAGUAAAGUGGUGGUCCUGGUACGGCACAGACACAGGUUAGAGUUCUGUCAGAUCAAAAGGAAUGUUUCUUUGUGUUCCAUAUUUGUAUUAAUAAUAAUAAUUGUAACUCAUCAGUGGAGUAAUUUCACAAUAAAAUACAUGAAUAUCAUGUUAUACUUAAUUGCAGAAAUAUUAUUUGCACCGAUGAAUGUUAUCGCUUGGAACAGCUGAUCCUUUCUAUUAUAAUAGUGUAAUAAAACCAUUAACACUUCUUUUACUUAAAGUGUACAGGGGUUUUUUUAUGCCUUUUGCAAAAAAAGUCCAUGGACCAUGAGCAGUUUUGUUAUGAUCUUGUUCCAUCGUACGAGUUAGUGUGUGGAAUUGGUGCAAAUAAUAUUUCGUCAACUAUAGCAAAACAUCAUAAUAUUAAUUUAAAUUAAUAUAAAAAGAAAAGUUUCUUUCCCGAAUUGGAACCUAACCAGCCCAAAAAACUAACCUCUGCACCACCAAAGUUAUAUGAGUAAUACAUGUGUGAGUUUUAGGACCUAUGUAUAUUAUUAGGUUGUGUAUAGUUUGUUAUGUAUGAUAUAUAAGAUCGAUAAUGAGCUCUAAUCAUGUUAUUUGUUUGGUACUUUGUACAGAGAUUUUAAGGGUGUUAACAAUAUGUUAGGUAAUAAAACUUGUUUUUGUUUUACAUACAUUUUUAUUUACUGUGACUUACAUACAUGACCACUGACUAGACAACACCGAAGUUGGGUUAGUAAGUGAAGGUAUUUUAAACAUUUGCAGGCCACAUUUACAUUGUAGCCAGUGACAUACAUGAGAAUUAAGCAUAAUAAGAAUAUAAGCAACAAAAUAUAAGUUACAUCUGGCAGCCAGCACUACACGUGUUUUGGGAUAACAAACAAUUGACAAACUUUAAAAAUAAGUACAUACUUGCGUAAGUACAUUUCACUUAUAAUUAAUGUAUGACUAGUUCCUAUGUAAAUGCAGCCUAUGACAAAACUUCCAUUUAUGACAAUUAUUCGUUAUAUUGUUCACAUUUACAUCUGACUAAUUCCUGUUACAUAAAGACUAUAUAAAGCAAAUAACAGAUCCUUAUAUUUAUUAUGACAACAGGGUAUUUGACUACUUUUUUUAUUGCACCUUUAAACACAGAAACAAGGUAGACGGAUCUGAAAUCGAUUUAAAUAACACUAGGGAGUAAUAACCUUAAAGCUCAGAGAUGAAACUGAGAGAAUGUUCUGUAAUUUUUUUAACAAAACAAAUUUUUUUCAUUGCGUGUUUUUUUAUGAUUAAUCAGGCUGCGGAUCUGUUUU